AUGGUCAUUAAAAGGCAUUCUAAAUAAAAAUUAAACAGAUAAUAGUAUUCUUUCUAUUUGGAAUAAGAAAACUGUGAAUAAAUCAUAUAAUUAGAUAAUAACUCUUCUAAAUCUAUAGUAUUCAGACUAGAAGCUCGAAUGUCACCUUGGUUGUUUCGAAUAGAUGUGUUUGUUAAACAGGUUUUUAUUUUAAUAAAUCUACUUUAAAAUGUGAAGGUUUUUAGUUUAAAUUACAAUAUAUGCAAUUUUACUCAUCGAUAGCGGAACUUUUCUAUUUAUGAAAAUUAUUCUCUAGAUUUUUUUGACUAUUUACAGAUUAGCAGAGAAAUGGAGUAUUUAAUUGUUAUUAUCAAUUUACUAAUACAUAUACUUUGUUAUCGGGAAUUUAUUCUUUAAUUGAAGAUUUUAUAAAUUAUCAACAUAAAUCUAUUUAAAUAAAAGACCAUUAAAUAAUCAAUAUUUAAAUUUCUCCCAUUUAUUUAUUUCACUCUUUUUAUUUUAUAUCAUUUUGGAACCAAUAAUGAUGUUCUUAAGAAUAAUUAUUUUGAAUCAUAUCACUUUAUAAAUGAGAAAUUAUGCUAAUAAUCCAUUGUAUUGCAUUGUGUACUUUUUUGUUGGCCAUCAAAAAUUAGUUGA